AUGUGGGAUGUAACCGAUGAAUUCUCUGACUCCCAGAUCCGAACAGCAUUAGAACAGCGAAUGCAACUUGACCUGAAGGAGUAUAAAGGGUUUAUCGAGAAUGAGAUAUUGCUGGUACUCGCACAGAUGGAUAAACCGAGUAAAAUCUUCGAUUAUCUUUACUUGGGUUCAGAAUGGAAUGCCUCCAACUUUGAAGAAUUGGAACAGAACAGGGUGGGCUAUAUCCUCAACGUGACCCGGGAGAUUGACAAUUUCUUCCCAGCCCAGUUCAAGUACUUCAAUAUUCGUGUUUACGACGAGGAAUCGACGGACCUCCUAUCCCAGUGGGAGCAAACGUACCGAUUCAUCAGCGCUGCUCGUUGUAGUGGUUUACGCUGCUUGGUUCAUUGUAAGAUGGGAGUUAGUCGAUCUGCAUCCACUGUCAUUGCCUACGCCAUGAAACAGUAUGGCUGGGAUCUUGAGAAAGCCUUUUCCCACGUUAAGGAACGGCGUAGAGUUGUCAAACCCAAUUCUGGUUUCCUCAACCAGCUCCGCAUUUAUCAGGGAAUUCUGAAUGCCAGUAAACAGCGCCACAACUUUCUGUGGAGGAGUUGCUCGGAGACUGACCUCACUGACAUUUCCAAGGAGCCAAAGCAGGAUCCGGCCGUGAGACGAUCCCAGGACGACUCUGAGACAGGACCCAGAAGGUCAAGGCAGCUGUCCCGUUCCCCUGGGUCUCUCUCCCCCUCAGGCCUCUCUCCUCGGCCUCACUCCCCCUCAGGCCUCUCUCCUCGGCCUCACUCCCCCUCAGGCCUCUCUCCUCGGCCUCAC